AGCGAUAAGUCAGCCAGCAACAACAACCAAAACACACAUAGUAGCUGUGAUGUUCCCGCCACCUUUGGUGGGCACACAAAAGUGGCUCGUUGUCUCCGUGUUAGGUCUUGCACUCCUGUCGGCGGCGGCGGCUCUGCAGAACCGCGCCAGUACCGCUCGACUACGACAUUACGCAAACGUCCGCAUUGUUGCAGAGGCGGAAUCGAUUAUUGCAGGUGUGACGAGGAUGACCACUGAUGACGAUGGUGAACCGUGCGUGUAUGUGUACUUGAACACGGUGCAGCAAAAUCUGAGAGUUGCGCGGCGGCGCCUCCGCACGACAACGCAUUUGCUGCCCUCUCUUUUUGACUGUUAUGCGACGGCGUGCUUAUCGGCACAUGUUCGGGACGCCUUGAAAGCAGAUGUUUGGAACUGUCUUGGCGCAAUCUUGGAGGAGUCCUUGUGCAGUUAUGUGGCCGCCGACGCGCUUUCCAGCGACUCUUCCGCCGCCGCGGCAAGCCUCGCUAUGUGUACGCUCCUACAGAAGCGCUACAACGUUACUCACUUUCUUUCCUGUGGCAUGCAGGCGUCGGUUCAACUGCACACGCUUGACUCCCGCGUGAUCGCAGCGGCGCAGCGCAAAAAUCAGUCCGAAGGCUCCACGCUGCGCUCCGUCAUCGCCUUUGCUCAGUUGCUGCGAGGAUCCUGCUCUGCUUCGGAGCCGCUUCUCCUGUGUGCGCUUGCUCUGGUCAGAAUGACACACAUCUCUCGUCUUCUGGUGUCUGCGACGCCUUUUAUGGCACCGUCGAACGUGAUGUAUGCCACGAGUGUGCUGAGCGCGGUGUCCAAAGGCGUUGACGGCGCAUUCAUUUCGUGGAAAUCGGCCUCAUGCCGCGUUCUCGCUUCCAUGCCAGGGCGCCUGCUCGCCGGGGCGACCGUCGGCGCCCUCUUUUCGCACCUCUUUGCCGCUGCGCACGACGCGGCCUCCGAUGAGUUGGUGCGACACCUACGCGCCACCAUCACAACCGACACGAUUCUUGCCCUCGCCCGCUUCGACUUUGUCGCCGAUGCCGCGUGGGACGUGCCCCACCGCGUCUACAGUGCGCUCAGCGACGCAACCAACUUCUCUCUUGCCGACGUGGAUCGCCUUUUCCACGUGUUUGCCGAAUACACCGCUCGCUGUCGCACGACCCUUCGUGCGCCGCUGUCAUGCCUUACUGGUUGGAUGACACGUCAGGCUGUCUGCUUCGUUGAACGACAAUGGCAACGUGCAAUUUUUAUGCGCUCUUUCGUCGAUGCGUACACUGCUGCCAUGCCGUUGUCGUCACAUUGCGCGAGCCAUGGUCCCCAUCAGUGUCUCUGCGGCCGACCCACGCAGACGGAGACGUUACACCCCGUGCGCCGUUCAUCAUCGGCGCCGCAACCAUCUGUGUGUCACCACGGCCUCCAACUCCUACUCCUCGCCGGUGCCGGUGGGACUUCUGCGCGUUCAAUGGUCGCGGUGAGGGCGUCGCUGGCGAUGCAUACGCGCUGGCCGCUGUUCCCCGCCGCCAGUGCCCGUGCGACCGAGCGCGCGCUGAAGGCGCUCUCGGAGUCAGGCAGCGCCGCACUGCAAGCCAAGUACACGGCCGCCCUGGCGCUGUCUCCACACGGCGCAAGACCGCCGAACUCGCCUUUUAUUGCGGAGACCAGUGCGACCCAUGUUUCCUCUCCUUCUCCCCUGUUUCCGGCUUUCCCCUCUGCACUUGGUUUGCUGCGCAGCCGGGGCGAGGAGCGGCACCAGUGGCAACGGCCGCAGUUGUCGCUUUCGUCUGCAGCGCGCGGAGCGCGUGAUUUGUGGGCUGCGCCGUCUAUCGGUGACGAGGUGGUGGAUAAAGUCUUUGUUGGGCUGGAAGGGCUGCCGCUGAUGAUCGCGUUGGCGAUGCGCAGAGGACACCAGGCGGCACCAUCGUCGUCACGUCCAUCCCGCGCAGAGGAGGACGACGAUGGGAGCGCGUUGGAGGCGGCUUUUGAGGUGACGAGGACAGUGGAGUGCGGCGACGUCUUUGCGAUGCCGCCUGCCCGGCCGUUUUCAUCCGCCUCUGCCUUCCAGUUUGACGUGGAGGUGGCACAGCUGCGCUACCGCGAGUAUGGGGCCUACGUGCAGAGCGUCGCGGCUAUCCGGUACGUGCAACACAUACACACACCUUUACUGGAUCACUGCUGGCUGCCCCAGCACCGCGCUGCGCCAUCGUGGCGGGUCACGUUCGACCGCGUCUGCUUCCGCUACCCGGGCUCGGACACGGACGUGCUGCGCGACGUCUCUUUCGACGUCGCCUCGGGGGGCUUUCUCGGCAUCGUCGGGUGCAGCGGUGCCGGCAAGAGCACGCUGCUGCUCUUGAUCUCUCGCGUGUUUGCCCCGACGACGGGACAAAUUUACAUCAACGGCUGGCCCAUCGACCGCCUUCCCCCGCGUGCGCUGCGCCGGCGGUUGGGUGUGGCGUGGCAGGGCGACGGCCACACAGCCUUCCUCGACGGCCUCAGCGUGGAGAGCAACGUCGCCUACGGUGCCCUUCACCGAGCCUCUGGCGCAACGAUUGCGCAGGCGCUGUCGGUGGCGUGUGUGGACGACGUUGUCGCGGCGCGGCCCCACGGCACCCAUGAAGUGCUGCAGUCCAGCGAAUGGAGUGGCGGCGAGCUGGAGCGGCUGAGCUUAGCGCGUGCGCUGAUGGUCACCCCGGAAGAGGCCGGCGCCUACCUUUUCGACGAGUGUGCGAGCGGGUUGGACGCAGUGACCGAGGCGCACGUGUUCUCCAACAGGCUGCGAGCUCAUCGUGAUGGUGGUCAUUCUCGGCACACUACACAAAUUAUGGUGUCGCAUCGCCUCUCCUCUGUGCAAGGGGCGGAUGAGAUCCUUGUCCUCGCCCUCGGCCGUGUGGUACAGCGCGGCACCUGGUCGGAGCUGCUUGCCUCCCCCAAAGGGUCGCUAUUCCGCGCGCUGUACGACGGGCAAAUACUCGAUUAA